GGAAUGAGAAUAUUGCCAUCAUGAGUCAACAAGGUUAUGUUGCAGCUCCUCCGUAUUCCCAAUCCCAGCCAGGAAUAGGAGGCUUUUCUGCACGUUUUGGACCACCAAGUUCUUCACUUCAUUAUGGGCAUUAUGGGGACCCCAGCUCCUCCUACUCAGCACCUCAACCAGGUGUGUCAAAAUCAACUGUGCCUUUUGGAUCUUCAGCUCCUGUUGAGCCACCACCACCCAGUACACAUCAAAUCAGCCAGACCAACAUCCAAAAUGGGCCCAGUACACCAGGGCAACAGCCACAUAGGUUUCAAGGUCCUCCACCUCCAAGUAAUACAGGACCUUCUUAUCCUCCCUACAGUCAGCAGACACAACCAGCUUACUUAAAUGCUGCAUCCACUUCAUCUACAACACAACUUGCCAACCAGCUCAGCAGCAUGCAGCUAAAUACCUAUGUUUCUUGCUCAGGUCCUGGCACUGCUCUGAGUUCUUGCACGUCUUCUGGGCAUCCAGCAUCUUUUCAGGGUCCACAAUUACUGCCACCAGCCCAGCAGCAAAACACUUUACCACCUGGACCACAGGUUCCUCCACCUGCUGUUAACAGCCUUUGUGCUCAUCCAUCAUUGCCUCCUAUGGCAAGACAAGAUGGGAUCCCUGGAUCUGUGCCCCCAAAUCCUAACUUGCAGCAGCCUCCAGGGCCUGGAUAUCCUCCUCAGCAAGCAAACUAUGGUCCUCAGAUGGCAGGAUCUCAGCUAUCUUACCCUGGUGCUUUUCCUGGGGGUCCAGCACAACUCUCUGGUCCACUGCAGAAGAAGCUUGAUCCCGACUCUAUUCCAAGCCCAAUUCAAGUAAUUGAAAAUGAUAAGGCCUCAAGGGGAGGGCAGAUCUAUGCUACAAACACAAGAGGACAGGUUCCUCCUCUUGUCACCACAGACUGCAUAAUCCAAGACCAAGGCCAUGCCAGCCCUCGGUUCAUCCGAUGUACCACCUACUGCUUCCCUUCCUCUUCUGAGAUGGCCAAACAGGCUCGCAUUCCAUUAGCAGCUGUCAUCCAGCCUUUUGCUGUUGUUCCACCAAAUGAGACACCUCUUUACGUUGUAAACCAUGGAGACACUGGACCAAUCCGAUGCAACCGGUGCAAAGCUUAUAUGUGUCCCUUCAUGCAGUUCAUUGAAGGUGGAAGAAGAUACCAGUGUGGAUUUUGCAGUUGUGUAAAUGAUGUUCCUCCAUUCUUCUUUCAACAUCUGGACCACGUUGGUCAGCGAGUGGACCACUAUGAAAGGCCUGAGCUGUCUCUGGGAUCUUACGAAUUUAUUGCUACUUUGGAUUAUUGCCGAAACAGCAAGCCUCCGAAGCCACCAGCGUACAUCUUCAUGAUUGAUGUAUCGUACAAUAACAUCAAGAGUGGCCUGGUCAGACUCAUAUGCAAUGAACUGAAGACGCUGCUAGAUAAACUUCCAAGAGAAGAUCAAGAAGAAUCCUCAGCAAUUCGAGUUGGUUUUGUCACUUACAACAAGGUCCUCCACUUCUUUAAUGUAAAAAGCAGCUUAGCUCAGCCUCAGAUGAUGGUGGUAUCAGAUGUUGGAGAAGUUUUUGUUCCUUUGCUGGAUGGUUUCCUUGUUAACUUCCAGGAAUCACGAUCUGUUGUUACCAACUUGUUGGACCAGAUUCCAGAGAUGUUCGCAGACACUAAUGAGAGUGAGACCAUCUUUGCUCCUGUUAUCCAGGCUGGCAUAGAGGCACUAAAGGCUGCAGAAUGUGCUGGAAAAUUGUUUAUCUUCCACUCUUCAUUGCCAACUGCAGAAGCACCAGGAAAGCUGAGAAACAGAGAUGACAAAAAACUACUCAAUACAGAUAAAGAGAAGACACUCUUCCAGCCCCAGGUAAAUGCUUACGAGGCCUUAGCUAAGGAUUGUGUGGCUAACGGCUGCUGUGUCAACUUGUUCCUCUUCCCAAAUCAGUAUGUGGACAUAGCCUCCAUGGGGCUUGUCACAAUGUACACUGGAGGAACACUGUACAAGUACAACAAUUUCCAACUCGAUGCUGACAGCUCCCAGUUCUUGAGCGACCUCAGGAGGGACGUCGAGAAAAAGACCGGAUUUGAUGCCAUAAUGAGGGUUCGGACGAGUACAGGCUUUAGGGCUACUGACUUCUUUGGCGCUAUUUACAUGAACAACACCACAGAUGUAGAGAUGGCAGCGGUUGACUGUGACAAGGCAGUGACCGUGGAGUUCAAACAUGAUGACAAACUGAGUGAAGACAGUGGAGCCUUAAUUCAGUGUGCUGUCCUCUAUACCUCAGUGAGUGGACAAAGACGACUUCGCAUUCACAAUAUAGGCCUAAACUGCAGCUCUCAGUUAGCUGAUGUCUACAAGACUUGUGAGACUGAUGCACUCAUCAACUUCUUUGCCAAGUCAGCUUUUAAAGCCAUUCUCAGCCAGCCCCUGAAGACAGUCAGAGACAUCCUGGUCAGUCAGACAGCUCACAUGCUGGCCUGCUACAAGAAGAACUGUGCCAGCCCCUCAGCAGUAAGCCAGCUCAUUCUUCCAGAUGCCAUGAAGGUGCUGCCAGUGUACAUGAACUGUCUGCUGAAGAGCUGCGUGCUCAUGGGCAGGCCAGAGAUCCCAACUGAUGAGAGAGCUCACCAGCGACAGCUGGUCAUGUCUAUGGGGGUGGCUGACACACAGCUCUUCUUCUAUCCCCAGCUCCUACCAAUUCACAGCCUGGAUCUGAAGAGUGAUGUGGUGCCAGCUGCCAUCCGCUGCUCUGAGGAACGUCUCUCAGAAGGAGGAGCCUUCCUGCUGGCCAAUGGCCUGAGUCUCUUCCUGUGGCUAGGAGUCAGCACACCCCCGGAGCUCAUCCAGGGGCUCUUCAAUGUGCCAUCCUUCGCACACAUCAGCACCGAGGCUACAUCACUGCCUGACCUGGACAAUCCAUUUUCUAAGAAACUGAAGUCAAUACUGGAGCAUCUCCAGAGCCAGAAGCCCUACACUAUGAAGCUGGUGAUAGUGAAACAGCGGGAGCAGCCAGAGAUGCUCUUCCGACAGUUGCUGGUGGAAGACAAGAGUAGUUACGGAGGAGCUUCCUAUGUGGAUUUCUUAUGCUGCAUUCACAAAGAGAUCUGCCAGCUGCUCAGUUAAGGAAACUCAAACACAAUUUCUUAGUGUCUUUGAUUGUUGCAAGAGGGACAAUCAUUGU